GGCCUCUUCUGCUUAAGAGGGAGGGGGAAUGGGCGCGUCCUCGCGCCUAAGCUGGAGCCUUAGGGGCAGCUCGGGCGCGUGGGGGCUGGCGGUGGCUGGGCGGGCGCGCGCGGGAGCGCGCUGGAAGGCGGAGUGUACGGUGGCGUCAGGGGCGACACAGAAUAGCUCUAGCUGCGGGGACAGCAGCACACUUCAAGCCUCUCUGCUUCCUUCCCCUCCCCGGCCGCACCUUUGAGCAGAAACCGAAAGGAGCCGGAGUCUCCUGUCUCCCCCUCCCCCCUUGCCUUUCUUUGCCCUACUGACGCCGGCAUAGCGCCGACUAGGCCCCGGCUCCUCCUCUGCUGCGCCCCGGACCCUGCCCCGCACCCACCCCUUUCUCCUCCGCCUCUUCCUUUCCCACCCCGGUCUCUUCCUUUCUAGAGGCCGGGAAGUCAAACUUGCAGCCACCCCUCCGCUCUUCCCGUCAUCCUCGCCCCCUCUUCGGGCCGGAACACGGCAUAGAGGCUGGCGGUGGCUCUGCCACCCCACCCACCCCGGAUCGCGACCGUUUUUGAGGGACUUGGAUUCGUCAGGGUCUCUGCGGAGCCUGUACGAGUGCUGAUUUGCUCCGUUUUUGCAAAAGGCGCCUGUGUCUGGCAGAGCCGGUGUGAGACGAAGAGACAAUCCUUCCCAGCCGUCGGGAUAAUCAAAGAGUUUUGGCCGGACCUUCGAGCACACACCGAGAUAGUGAGGAGCCAGACGAAAAGCACAGACUAUGGCGCUGAAACGGAUUAAUAAGGAACUUAGUGAUUUGGCCCGUGACCCUCCAGCACAAUGUUCUGCAGGUCCAGUUGGGGAUGAUAUGUUUCAUUGGCAAGCCACAAUUAUGGGACCUAAUGACAGCCCAUAUCAAGGCGGUGUAUUCUUUUUGACAAUUCAUUUUCCUACAGACUACCCCUUCAAACCACCUAAGGUUGCAUUUACAACAAGAAUUUAUCAUCCAAAUAUUAACAGUAAUGGCAGCAUUUGUCUCGAUAUUCUAAGAUCACAGUGGUCUCCUGCUUUAACUAUUUCUAAAGUUCUUUUAUCCAUUUGUUCACUGCUAUGUGAUCCAAACCCAGAUGACCCCCUAGUGCCAGAGAUUGCACGGAUCUAUAAAACAGACAGAGAUAAAUUAUGUUUUCUUUUUCUCACAUGUUCAGCAGUUUGUCACUUUUAUGUUUGAGGAAGAAAGGUACAACAGAAUAUCUCGGGAAUGGACUCAGAAGUAUGCCAUGUGAUGCUACCUUAAAGUCAGAAUAACCUGCAUUAUAGCUGGAAUAAACUUUAAAUUACUGUUCCUUUUUUGAUUUUCUUAUCCGGCUGCUCCCCUAUCAGACCUCAUCUUUUUUAAUUUUAUUUUUUGUUUACCUCCCUCCAUUCAUUCACAUGCUCAUCUGAGAAGACUUAAGUUCUUCCAGCUUUGGACAAUAACUGCUUUUAGAAACUGUAAAGUAGUUACAAGAGAACAGUUGCCCAAGAUUCAGAAUUUUUAAAAAUAAUGGAGCAUGUGUAUUAUGUGGCCAAUGUCUUCACUCUAACUUGGUUAUGAGACUAAAACCAUUCCUCACUGCUCUAACAUGCUGAAGAAUCAUCUGAGAGGGAGGGAGAUGGAUGCUGAGUUGUCACAUCAAAGGAAGCAGCAUUAUUCUAGCAGCAUCCAUUCUUGUCUAAGCCUUCCACUGUUAGAGAUUUGAGGUUACAUGAUAUACUUUAUGCUCAUAACUGAUGUGGCUGGAGAAUUGGUAUUGAAUUUAUAGCAUCAGCAGAACAGAAAAUGUGAUGUAUUUUAUGCAUGUCAAUAAAGGAAUGACCUGUUCUUGUUCUACAGAGAAUGGAAAUUGGAAGUCAAACACCCUUUGUAUUCCAAAAUAGGGUCUCAAAACAUUUUGUAAUUUUCAUUUAAAUUGUUAGGAGGCUUGGAGCUAUUAGUUAAUCUAUCUUCCAAUACACUGUUUAAUAUAGCACUGAAUAAAUGAUGCAAGUUGUCAAUGGAUGAGUGAUCAACUAAUAGCUCUGCUAGUAAUUGAUUUAUUUUUCUUCAAUAAAGUUGCAUAAACCAAUGAGUUAGCUGCCUGGAUUAAUCAGUAUGGGAAACAAUCUUUUGUAAACGCAAAGCUGUUUUUUGUAUAUACUGUUGGGAUUUGCCUCAUUGUUUGACAUCAAAGAUGAUGUAAAGUUCAAGAGAAUGAAUAUUUUGCCAUGUUCAGUUAAAAGUGCGCAGUCUGUUACAGGUUGACACAUUGAUUGACCUGAUUUAUGCAGAAUUAAUAAGCUAUUCAGAUAGUGUAGCUUUAGUAUGCUGCACAUGAUACUGGCAGCCUGGGAGUUCAUAGAUGGACUUGGGACCCAGCAGAUUUGAAACAUGUGUAUGGAGUUUAAGAAAUUUAUUUUCCAGGUGCAACCCCCAUCUAACUAAAUUUUUUCUUCACCUUGUACGCUUGACAGCUGAAAAGACCAUAAAUAACAUGGGAGUAAUAAUGGGUCAAAAUUUACAAAAUAAAGUACUGUUUUGGUGUGGGAGUUGUCAUGAGGCUAUGUUGAAGUGACUUUAAUUAUGUGGGAUAUUGAGUUUUUUUAAUGGAUUGAAUAUCCAUUAAAAUGGAUUUGUUCAGCCAUUUACAUUAAUGAGCAUUUAAAUGCAACAGAUACCAUUUCAGGUGACUUAACAUGAAUGAAUAAAAGUCAAUGCUAUUGGAUUAUUUUUUGUUUGACAAGUGCUAUCUGUGCCACUUAUGUAACUUCUGUAGUAACAAGGGCAUUAUCAUUCUUCACCCUUUAUAAUUCUGACCCGAUAGUUUUAUUACUUUUUCCUAGUUUCUUUGAUUGGUCCAUUGCUUUCUUAUGGUCCUGUAUUCAAUUUCUAGCACAUCUGUGACUUUUCUCCACUUACAUAUAUUUGCACUGCUUACACUUAUGUGCAAUCUUACUCCUUGUCUGCACACAGAUGUGGAAAGCUAGAUAUAAAAUAAAUGUUAAAGCUUGAUUUUUAUAAACAUUUUAA